GGAGCGGAGCGGUGCGGAGCUGCCGGCGCUAGAUUCUAAAGAUCUGCCUUUACUGAGUUCUCCAGGAGGUAACCAACCACUGUGGAGCUAUAUUAGGAGGCUGGAGAUGGAGCCAAAAGAACUUCAUGUUUCUGUGACUUGUAUUGUAACCUGACUCAGUGAUACUUUUGGAUAUACGUUUCUGUUCUAAGGAGAAGAGUGUGUACUCCCAAUUCUGCCAGUUUACUGGCAGAGAUUUUGUGUUGUAAGAUCAUGGACCAUUCAAACAGGGAGAAGGAUGAAAGGCAGCGGACAACAAAAGGAAUGCCAGGGAGGAGUGGGCAUGGUUCUCGACCGAGUUCUGCUACGUCUUCUGGUGUUCUUAUGGUGGGACCCAAUUUCAGAGUGGGCAAGAAGAUAGGGUGUGGGAACUUCGGAGAGCUCAGACUAGGCAAAAAUCUCUAUACCAAUGAAUAUGUAGCGAUCAAACUGGAACCAAUAAAAUCCCGUGCCCCACAGCUUCAUUUAGAGUACAGGUUUUAUAAACAGCUCGGCAGUGCAGCUGAAGGCCUCCCCCAGGUGUAUUACUUUGGGCCAUGUGGAAAGUACAAUGCCAUGGUACUAGAACUACUUGGUCCUAGCUUGGAAGAUUUGUUUGACCUCUGUGAUAGAACUUUCACUUUGAAGACGGUAUUAAUGAUAGCCAUCCAGCUGAUAUCUCGAAUGGAAUAUGUGCAUUCAAAGAACCUCAUUUACCGAGAUGUCAAGCCAGAGAAUUUCCUUAUUGGCCGGCAAGGCAAUAAGAGAGAACACAUCAUUCACAUCAUCGACUUUGGAUUGGCCAAGGAGUACAUUGAUCCUGAAACCAAAAAACACAUACCUUACAGGGAACACAAGAGCCUAACUGGAACAGCGAGAUAUAUGUCCAUCAAUACACAUCUUGGCAAAGAGCAAAGUCGGCGAGAUGACUUGGAAGCCCUUGGCCACAUGUUCAUGUAUUUUCUUCGAGGCAGUCUGCCCUGGCAAGGGCUCAAGGCUGACACCUUAAAAGAGAGAUAUCAGAAGAUUGGGGACACGAAGAGAAACACUCCAGUUGAAGUUCUCUGUGAGAACUUUCCAGAGGAGAUGGCCACAUAUCUUCGUUAUGUCAGGCGAUUAGACUUCUUUGAGAGACCAGACUACGAUUACUUACGAACUAUCUUUACAGAACUAUUCGAAAAAAAAGGCUACACCUUUGAUUAUGCCUACGACUGGGUUGGCAGGCCACUGCCUACUCCAGUGGGGUCCAUUCCUGUAGAUUCUGGGGCAUCUGCAAUAACAAGAGACAGCCACGCACAUAGGGAUCGACCGUCACAGCAACAUGCUCUUCGAAAUCCGACGGCAUCAUCAGACCGCCGAGGAGAGUGGGAGAUCCAACCAAGCCGGCAGACAAAUACCUCGUACCUGACAUCUCACUUGGCUGCAGACCGUCAUGGGGGAUCAGUACAGGUGGUCAGUUCAACCAAUGGAGAACUGAAUGUUGACGACCCAACAGGGGCACACUCCAAUGCACCAAUCACAGCACAGGCCGAGGUGGAAGUGGUGGAGGAAGCUAAGUGCUGCUGCUUCUUUAAGAGGAAAAGGAAGAAGACUGCCCAGCGUCACAAAUGACCGGUGCCUCCUGGAGACUUGUGGGAACUCCACCUGCAGCUCCUGCCAUGUCUUACUGAAAGGAGCUUCUCUCUAGGGGGAGGAGGUGACAUAGGAGGAAGAGAAACAAGUGACAUUUUAAACCAAAAAGAGAAAAGAAAAUCGUUCCAAAACAAACCGCUCUGGGGUGGAUCUGCUCCGUGGUCUACUCAUUCGCUCCAAGCCUGAAGCUCUUUUUGGGAUCAGGACUGCAGCUGGCUCAGGUUGCCAGGUGGACUGGCUGGCUGACCCUCCUUCCCAUUGUUUACGGCAGAAGGCAUCAUUCACACAAACCUGAGAACUAUGCUUUGUUUCCUGCUCACUUUACUCCCCCUCACACUCUCUCUGCCCAUCCAUCCUCCUCCCUCCCCAAUGGAAAUACCCCUGGAAGGCUUCUUUGGCUAAGGGGAGGGUGAUAGGUGGUUGUCUGGGCAGGAAAGACAUGUGGGAGAAGGCCUGGCGGGUAUGAGGCAAUUUCUCUCCGCAGUCCCUUUCAGCGUCAGCUUGUACUGCCAGCCUGGCCAGGUACAGCAGUGGGACACAGGCUCCCUCCUGGGUUCCUUGGGAACAGUUAUACUGUAGCGUGAGACUUGCAAUCUACUGUUCCAGUCCCUUGGGUUCUCUGGCUUCCUUGUUCACUCACUUCUCCAACUGGUAACAGAGCAAUGCGGAUUGUUUUAAAGAAACUGACAUUGUUGCACUUUUUAUUAUUUUUUAGCAUUGCAGAUGCAUAUUGUGUCUGUAGAUUUUUGCAUGGACAAGUGAUGCCGGCACAGACAGACAUUCAGCUUGGAAUGUGGAGGGGUGCAAAGAAUGUCCUUAACAGAGGGUUUGCUUGCAACAUCCAGAAAACCCUAAAGCUAGUCUGGGGUUCCUAUCACCCAUUGUUGGUCAUGCGCUGAGAGAAACCUACUUGAAUUUUGAAUCACCCUUUGUAGCUGCCAGUGAAUGUCCCUACCAUGGUUUCCUACUUGGUGCCUGACAUAACCAGCCUGGAGUUGGAAGGCAUAGUUUUCUGUUGGAGCAGGGAGAGGCAUCAGCCUUGCUGAGCUGGAGGAGUUUUCUCUGGGUAGACAAAUAGAUAUGGAUUACAUAACUGGAAACCUGAUGUUUCCCAAACUGUAGAUAUUUUGUAUGGCAGGGUGGCCUUCUAAACUUCUCAGAUGGUUUCUGGGAAGUUGAUUAUGGAGUAAGCACCUUUUCUUUCAAUUUACUGAAUGCUCUACAGUGGAAGUGUUAGAGAGCGCAAAGCUACCCCAGCAAGGAGUGGACACUUAACUGUCUUACAGUGACUGCAUCUGCAGGUGGCCAGAUAGGCUACUCAAAUCAGACCUUGUGUAGGCUUCAGGUGCGCUCUGCAAGCUGCCUAGGCCUGAGUGCAGGCACAGAGCUCUGUCUGUGGGGCCUGGAGCACACACCAUGCGGUUCUCCCUGAAGUGGGAGCGAAGGUCUUUUUAACACACCAUUCUUGAGCCAAACCAUUAUUUAGCAAAGACUUAGGGCACUUUGCACAUGAACUCUCAUAUCCCAGUGUUGGGAUUGCUGAGCUCUGAGUAGGCAGCUGCGGUUACUCCUGGGGGAAAUUGUGUGGGGUGGGUGUGGCAAAGGUUUACAAGAGCUAAAGAAGCUUUUUUUGUGGAGGCUAGGAAUUGGUUCCUCAUGCUUUGCCUGUUUGCAUAUCAGCGUGGGAUUAGAUCCCUCAUUUCAGGGGCGGUAGUUGUCAUGUAGCUAGGGCUCUCCCACCCCAGUGCUUGAAUUCCCUACAGAGGCUUUACUAUACCAUCUCUUCCAGCUGCCUCUGAGUGCGUGUAGUGGCGUGCACUGAAAGGGAAGCAAUGGGAGUGCUGGGAAGAAGCAGGGAAGGAGUGUUUAUGUUUCAAGCGUGGGCAGAGGCUCCCUCCCCCUUCAGGCAGAGCAGCAGGAAGGCAGGCGAGCCAUCUGCUGCAGUUCAGUGGUUAGGAUUUGUAGUGUGAAACUCAGCCCCUUUUUCUAUAGUGAGGAUUCUGCUCUCUCGGAUAAUCCCUUUGGGGUGUUUCUCAGCUGCUAGCCAUUUUCUGCUGGGAUCUUAAUGCCUUAUUCAAAUGGAAAGAAAGCAGAUAUAGCCAAGGGUUUUGCUGCUCUUUCCUCUCUCCACCACUGGGGUGAAGUUAAGCUGCAGGCUGGCUUGCUCUUCAUUCACUAACCCACCAAGAGAUUUGUAAACCCACCGUUUUAAUUCUGCAAGAUGUUUUCCGUUAAGUGUAACAAGUGGGGUGCACAAGGAAAGGACUUUCCAUUCCCCAUGAGUGUGGCUGCUUGGACUCCCUAACCCCUUUUCUUUCUCCCAAGGAGAGGAGGGCAGGGGACAUUUAAUCGCUUAGUUUUGCCGCUCUGCCUCUUCCUGAACUCUUCCACUGCUGUUGACUUUCUAAGAAGUCAGGCUGUUUAAAAUGAGCAUUUCCUUAUACCCUCACCAUAGGAAACCAUGGUUCGGCAUCUUGGGGGGAGGGAGGCGCAGGAAUUUGUGGGGAGAAAGCCGUUGUAUGCUCCCAGCUCUCCAGAUUGUACUGGGCCCUGAGGCACAUGCAUUGCUGCCCUCCUAAACCCCAUUAAGUGCCUGUCACCAAAACUCAGAGGAGAAACUCAGUUCCUUCUGCAUUUCCUGACAUUGUUCAGUCAUUCCUAACUUUUUCCAAUCAGGGAGUAGCUUGUAGUUUGCAAAGUAUGUGUGGGAAGGGGAGCGUUUCUGCAUUUUUUUUUGUUAUUAAAUAUUUUUAAGUAAG